UGGCGAUCAUAAGGGUGGCAACAAACGGGGAUCUGGCCCCACCAACAAAACGCGCUUCACGCGGCAGGCCAUCCCGCGCGGAAUGUUUUCGUAUCACGACGAGGCAAAGCAGCGAAGCGCGCUUAUCCGACGCCCGUUUUUGGUGGCACUCAUCGCCCACCACCGGAUCUAACGGUGGGGAAGGGCACAGAAGGAUAUAAUAAGUUCCAGCCAAGAGUGUUCGCCAGUAUGUGUUCACCACAGUGGGAAUAGGAAUCUGCUUAAGCAGGAAGCAGCAACAGCAACCGAAGUAAAUCCCUCCGAAAGACGCUGAAAAGUGCAUUAGCAAGACUUGCCGUGGGUCCUCGGACGACCGGGCAUGUAAAUGCGUGUGGACCGACAGGCGGCGGCAACACCGGGAACCGGGAGCGCCGGCAUUAUUUUAUUCAUCAGCAAACCGGCGGAAAAAGGCCGGAAGGCAACUAGUGGCAAUCCCGGCUUAAGGUGCUUCUGCUGCACUGCUGAAUCAUUCAUCAGCUUCUUCGGGGCUUGACGAGAGCACAGCUCCUCUCCAAGUCCAAGUCCACGACCACGGACGCACAUGCUCUGUUCGAAAGUAAUGACGUAUGGCGAAAACGUUGAAGCAGUGUUGAGUGUAACCGAGUGAAGCCAUCCCAGUCUCAGUUUCAGUUCCCCCCUCCUCCUUUGGCCCACGAGACGACGGUUGAUAGUGAAAGUAAUUACAAAACGACCACCACAACGCGUCGAGGUUACGCCGGAAGUGACGAAGAGGCGUGCAUGUGAGAGCGAACGUGGCCCUUCCUCCUAGUGGCCACGUGCUGGAUGUGCUCCAUCAAGUGGCAGAUUUGGAAGAAGUGAAAAAUAGAACCUAAUAGAGAGUGAUAGCGGUGAUAGUGCCGGGCCCGCUGGGAACCGCUUCCAGCGCCUACUACUACGUGGUGGUCGCACAGCCUACUAUCAGCAGACCCCAGUCGGGUCAGUUGGUCGGUCGGUCGUUUGGUCGGUCGGCUCUCGACGGUUUCGACGAUGUUCUUCUUUCUGUUCUUCGCAUCCGAUGGAUGCAAAAAAGUGUGUCACAUUUUAUCGCAGCUCGUUGCGGCCUGCCUGCGGAAGUACCGCAGUGGUGGCACCGCCAACGGGCAGUGGAUAGGCGUGAAGGUGUAAGGGAGUGACGGAAAGCCAGAGGGGGAGGCGCUGAAGUGUCUGGUGCUGGUGUGUCGAUCGCGCGAUCACCAACAGCGCACGCCAGUCAGAGUAGUGCUUCGGAAGCGUCGCGAUCGCGUUCUCGCGCGUCCAGGUUCAGGUCCAUCCAGCAUCCUGCUGAUUGGUAAGCCCCGGCAGUAUCCUCGUUGUGUGUCUGGGGUGUGUGUGUGUGUGCGAGAGAGAAUACCGAUGAUUGAGUGCACUGGUGUGUCCCUCGUGACGUGAAGCUGAAGGUCGAGUGGUGUGCCAGUUCAUCAGUGUCAGGGGUGUCCACCGGCAGGCAGGCAAGCAUUCCUGCAGGCCGAAGAAAUAGGCCGCACACGUCGAGUCACGGUCGUGACGUGCAGUGAAUCCGUGAUAUCGGUGCCCUCGUGUGCGUUUGUGUGUGUGUGUGUGUGUGUGUACGCGCGCUCUGAUUUCAGCUUCUCCCGGCCAAAAGGACGACGUGACAAGAGGUCCGUACUGGUGGCCUACAGACACCGGAAGUUCGGUUUGUGGCUUCAUUCAGUGGAAGCAAAAACCAACCACCACCGGCACCAGCACCAGGGGUGAAACUGCAACAUUUUCCACUCGUUCGACGCAGUAGCACUUACCGUACGGCUCCAUCCAUCCAAGCCCCUAUCAUCAUUGGCGCCUACUACGAGGAAACAAAACAUUAUUUCGACAUUUUCAUCUGCAACCCCGGCGGCGACAUCGUGCCCCGGAUGCAGGGGCCCCGUUGAGAGUGCCAGCAGAAAGUCAAUCGACGUUUGACCGGUUUGCGGAACUACGUCGACGACCCCGAAGCCGGAGUUGAUCAUUCCCAAAAUGGCUCCCGAAAAGCAUGUGCAGGCAGCUCCUCAUGCCCGGUCACGCUACUCACCACCACCACCACCAGCAGCGAGGCGUUCGAGUGGCCGAAAAUCAACGAAAAAUGCGGACCUGCCAUCGACAUCCGGUGAGGAUGAUUUGCUAACGCCACCGCCGUACCACGGACCGAUCGCCGCGCCGCCAACAGCCGCACCACCAUUCGAGGAACCGAGAGUCAUAAAAUCAAAAGUCAAAUCAACAAGCAACCAGCACGGCCAGCAAGGGCACACCACGAUGAGUCCGAUGGUGGUCGCACCGGAUGUCAAGCCACGGGAGCUUGCGUUACGGGCCAACGUACGCACACUGUACGCACUGCUCGGGGUGCUGCUGGUGGGUAUGUUUGUCCUUUCGGCGGCCCUGCUCGCGUACGUCGAUCGUCGAUUGGCACCGAUCGGAACCGUCGAUGGGGACGGUGUGAGACCCGUGCGGGUGGACGAAAUGCGACGCC